GAUACUCCAUCUAUUUAUUUAUACGUUGCUCCAUCCAACCAGGCUCAAUGAGGCUUAUCAAAAAUAAAUAUUCAGCAUUAAUUUAAAAAAAAAACAUCAUAAACAACGGCAAAACAAAACACUCUGAACACCCAGGCACAACAUCCUAUCUCACAGCAGGAGAAGUCAUGAAAAGCGGUUUCGGCAGAGAAUGUUCACCGUUACAAAUAAUGUCAAGUUAUGCACCCACAAUGCAACAUUAAUAACCUGCCUAGCAAGCAUAUUGUUAUUGCCAUUUCAUGGCACACAUAUUUAAUCUUUGCCAUGCUGCCAUGGUGAUUCCACAACUUUCCAGAACCGAUGAUGUCAUAAAGACGUCCCUUGGAGACUUCCGUUUACUAUUAUUAUAAAGACUAUAGUACCUUAGAAAUGCCAUUACGCUGUCAGUGGGCUAGAACAUUUGCUUUUCUAGGACUGUAGAAUAUAAGUCCUGACCCAAAAUCAGGAUAUUUCUUUGACUCACCAUUGGGUUGUUUUUGAUUUUUUGACUCUUUAUCUUGGGGCAUGAGUGAAGAGAGGGUUGUACAUAGUACAAGCAGGCUGGAAGAAGACACAGAUGACGUUGGAGAGGAGCAGUCCACUGGGUGUUUCCAAGGUCCAGGCUUGUGUUGUUGUAUUCCUACAAGGCGGAUGUCUCUACCAGGGAGGCGACCCAAAGAGAGAAAGGGAAAAAAUGGUAAAAAGAACGCUAAUCUCCCAUCUCUUGAUGAUAUCAUGUUUCAAGAAGGACAGCAGAAUAGAGACCGAGAAAGUUGGAGCAUGGCUUCUGUAGGUGACCUGGGUAGCUUACAAAUAGAGAACCUCAAACCAGCUCCAAUCCACGAUGACAAUGCUCAAGAACCCCAUAGACCUGUGCUUUUAAGUGACAUCUUCUUGGAAGAUAAGAAAGGACAUGAUGACAAAGCAAAUGCCAACGUACAGGCCAAAGCUUGUGAACAGAAAGAGGCAUUAGAUGAUUUGAAAAUACCACUUCUGGAAACAGGACGUGCAAAUUCAGUGAAUGAGAUAUCAGAGGUGAAGGGCCACCCAGUUGUGUCAGUCAAAGAAAACAGGCAAUCUGGAAAACUUGAUCUGAAUGUGUUGAUUAAGGAAGUAGCCUACAAAAAAGAACACAAUGAAGGGGGUGACCACAUGAAUCUAGUACUGCAAGUCAUGCCUUGUAAGAAGGAAAUGAACCAGGGCCACCAAGAUAUACCACUUGAAGAGCUGCAGAAAUCUAGAGAACUAGAACUUGACAGCACAUUGACGAUCAAGGAAAAGAUACUUCUAGACCAAAGCACCAGCACAGAUCCUGAAAGUGUUACUUCCUUACAGGAAUUGCUCAAUCAAUCCUCUGUAUUAUACAAUGAGGAAGAAAAGUUUUUAGAGCAACAAGAACUUGCCGUGGGUGCUGCUCAUAAUAGGGAGAAACCAAUCAUCUCAAGUAAAUUGAAUUCUUCAUCUGAGGGAGAUGCAUACAGUGAGGACCAGAUCUGUCAAAAUGAGGCACAGAAACCCAUAGAACUAAAAUACCCAGAUAUUUUAUUCACCGUGUCUGAAAGCCAUGAGGAGGAAAGGGCAGGAGAACAGCAACAUCUACACCCUGUGGCAGAAGCUUCCCUCAACCAUCUAGAGCACAUGCUUGAGUGGAACGACCAGUCUCCUGUUAUACCACAAGGCAUUAAUAUUCCAUGUCAGAGUACAUCCUCUGAAAACUUCCAGAAAGAAAUACAAGCUGCCAGAAGGUCAACAUCAAAUAUUGCUUUCAUCAAGGUAGACGACCAUCAGUAUGUACCCUACAACCUUUAUGAACAAACCACAGCACCAGAAAGCAUGAUAUUGCCUCUGAAUGCAACCAGUACGACAAAUCUUCAAAUGUUAGAUAAUAUAAAUUCUUCGCCUGAGGUUGCUGCUAUCCACAUUACAGAGCAGAAACACCCAGAGACUCAGGAACAUAUUUUACUGGAACAAAUUAACCCUUAUGAUCAGAGUAAAGAAAAAGAACAGCACAGUGAGGUAGAAGAUGCACAUUUUGGAUCUAAGGCCACUGAAGAACAGCAGAACCAAGAACCUAUUGUUUUUGAAGACUUCAGCAAACCCAUUGGCAAUAUCAGGUUCGAGAAAGGAGAGCAAAGAAAGCUAGACUGUGUCAAUUCUGGGUCUGAGGGCACUUAUGACAAGGAGGAGCAAGAUUGCCAGGACAAUCCUUGCACUGAAGUGCAACAGCUUCUAAUAGUUUCGAAACUCACCUCUUUUCCUUUGAAUAGCUCUGAGGAACCAUGUGAAAAGAAGGACAGCACAAUAAUCAGCAAUCAGGACAUUCAUUUUCUGCAUGAAAACCCAGAAGAACAGGAUGGACAGUGCAUAAUGUCUGUAGGUGCCUCCUCAGAUGAGAAAGAAGCAACACUAGAACCAAAAGGGGAAUGGCUCACAAUGCCCUUGCCAUUGGAAGGUGACAAAGAAGAUCAACAAUCACUAGAACAAAGGCAUAUUCCAGAGGGAAUGUCUAUACCUCACGAGGGGCAGCAGGAUAAGGAAGAGCUGAACAUGAACAUAAGCUGUGAGAAACAACAAAGGAAAGAAAAGGAAGAUCUGUCACAUAUCACUUUCUCAGGUGAUGCUGUACAGGAUGAGGGACUUAUGUAAGGAAGCCAUUUCUUCUGAGGCAAAAUCCUCAAAAUAGCUACUUUCCUUGCCUCAAAACUAUUUCUACUGAAAUAUGAAAACUGAAAAGAGAUAGCAUUGCUUUUUUAUUUUGUACAAAGGUAUAGUUACAUACAGGGAUAGACAGUAUACUAGGCUAGACUAUAGUUAUUUGUUAAGACCUUUGAUUUUGGAGUAAACCUUGUUAAAUAUUACUAGUGAAGUGCUUGAAAACAUUGGAUGGAGAGUUUUCCACAUUCAGCAUAAAGUCUUUUCUUAAGGAGUGUAGUUUUAUCUAAGAAUACAUGAUUUCAUCUGUAGAAUAAUAGGUGCCUAUUACUUAAUUCCAAUGUGGAAGCCACACAGGUGCAAAAAUAAAGUUUGAUGACAAAUAUGAUGCUGGAAAAUAGUGGCUUUUCCAGAAAUUGUAUGCAUCAUCAUCAUUCUAAUUGUGUAUGCAUUAUGUAAUUUUAUUUCUUUACUGUGGAAAGAAACCAUACCAACAAUGAAAGCAUGGAAAAGGGACACAGCCAUCUUUAAUUUUUUCCUAUUAACCAGUUGGAGGAGGGAAGGUGAAAACAUGCUGACCAUUUCCCAGCAUUACUAAAACAGUACUUCUGGUUAGUGGGUGGAAGGCAGUGGCCAGCAUUUUGUUGCCAGUCUGUUGGAUGGACUUUGGGAAGAUCUCUGUCCUUGUAAACGUCAAGUAUAAGCAAUGUAAACUUUUCAAUUUUCAACAUCAUACAAUGUGUUUAUUGGUGUCAUUUUAGUUAUCGUGGCAGCCAUAUUUGCCAAAAGUAAAUUUCAGACAAGAUUUUUUUUAAAAGGCCAUACAAAAAUGUAUAUUCAAAUAAGACAUGAAACCUUGGGGGCCCUUCUUUUUGCAAGCUGUGGCAACUUACAUUUCCUUUCUCUCUUCCCUCCUAUGAUCUAUUAUUAAAAUGCAUGGCAUAAAUUUGCUUAUUAAACAGCAUGGAGCAGCUU